AUGACAUUUAGCGCGAGAGACGCGGUGCUUAACGAUGAUGAGGAGUGGUUCAACAUCCCAGCGGUGGUGCGCAGUUUUCUUCGCCAACUGAACAAUGAGGUGCAGAAUAACCGGCUGGCAUGCGAUGCGUUGCUGCAGAGCCAACGGGAGCAGGAUGGGCUGCUGAAGGGGGUUGCGUCGAAGCAGAUGGAGCGUGAGUUUCAAAUGACCAAAACGGUUCUGGCGUUGCAGCAGGACCGACAAGAGGACCAGACGUCUCUUCGCGAACUGGUGGAGAACAUGCGCGAUCAAAUGCGUCACUUGAGCGAGGAGCAACAACUAAUGAGGGAUCGUGUCCGGCGCAUGGAAGAGCGAGAGCAGGAGGCGAUUGCCAUGCACGACUCCCUUCGUGCCAAGUCCACCAGCUUGUCCAAAGCAUUGAAUGGCCGCUCAGUGGAGUUGGAGACUCUGCUGCACCGCAGUGUUGGGGAACUGUCGAAGGGUUUUGGUGAAUUGGAGAAGGAGGUUCGCUUGAUUUCGACGAAGCAGACCGACAUGGUGGUGGAGAGCCGGGGGGAGCUUGAGCGCUUCAAUGCCGCGCUGCAGCAGCUCUGUGGUGCGGUUUCUGAGGAAGUGGACAGCCUCAGAGCGCAGGUUCAGGGGCAGGAGAAGGUAUCAGUACGUUUAUGUGGGAGGAGGGGGUGGGGAAGAGUUAUUGCGUUUGUCUCUUCGCAAGCGCUGCGUGCACGUGAAUGGGGCAGAGUGGGUGAAAGUGGCCUCUUGAUCAAAGCCACUUUGCGCCUGCAUGUGGAGGGCUCGGUGACAUGGUCUUUUCUUUUGUUUUAG